AAAAUAUUUCCCAAGCCCGCCCGCCACCUUUUCCACAACUUUCAUCCUUGCCCACCCACACACACGACAAAACCACGUCGCAUAAAGCAAAAAAAGAUGAGCCGCAGAAUAAUAACAACCAAACUCCCAACGCGGGCGGCCCUAGAGCCUUGCCUCAAUGCCUCGAGGCAACAACCCACCCAAACCUGCCGCCGCUUUCUCUCGUCGCCGAGCGCAUCACCAUCCUCCCGCCGCCCAACCACGAUACCACGCCGCCUCCAGCAGCAACAGCCAUUCGUACCACGAAGAUGGAAGUCCGAAACGGUGGAGGAGCUCAAGAGCAGGAAUAGAAGCGGCCCCUUCUCAUGGAAAGCCGGCGUAAUCUUCAUCCUGACGGCCGCGGGGCUGGUCUGGUAUAUGGACCACGAAAAGGAGAGGAUGCACAAGAAGCGGAUCGCCGACGCGUCCAAGGGCGUGGGCAAGCCGCGGAUCGGCGGCGCCUUUGAGCUGAUCGACCAGGACGGCCGGCCCUUCUCUUCCGACUCGCUCAAGGGCCGGUACUCGCUCGUCUACUUUGGCUUCUCGCACUGCCCCGACAUCUGCCCCGAGGAGCUGGACAAGAUGGCGCUCAUGUUUGACGAGGUGGAGAAGGAGCGCCCGGGAGCCCUGGCACCCGUCUUUGUGACCUGCGACCCGGAGAGGGACACCCCAGAGGUCCUCAAGGAGUACCUGGCCGAGUUCCACCCGGCGUUCAUCGGCCUCACCGGCACCUACGAGCAGAUCAAGGCCAUGUGCAAGGCCUACCGCGUCUACUUUAGCACCCCCCGGGACGUCAAGCCCGGUCAGGACUACCUCGUCGAUCACAGCAUCUAUUUCUACCUGAUGGAUCCCGAGGGUGAUUUUGUCGAGGCCCUGGGGAGGCAGCACUCGCCCAAGGCUGGCGCCAACAUCAUACUCGAUCAUAUGAAGGAGUACAAGGGGCAGAUCAAGACGGCCUGAGGUGGCGGCGGUCAGCUACUAUAAAGAGUCUAAAAGAAAUGGUCGGGGCCGGCGCAUGACAAAUCUCUGCUCUUGGAAGGCAAGCCACAUUGGUUGCUGUCUCGUAAAUGGGCGACCACGUGAUAUGUAGGGGCAACUUGUACAAACAACAAAAAUGAGGGGAAAUAUGGCGACGAGGAUAGAAUAUAGGCUUGAUACGGCCUUGUACGGCUUUGUACUGCAACUAGGAAAAGAAACUGUAUAUCAC